UAUUUCCAGGUGUGCGCGCACAUCAUGGCUCUGAAGCGUCUUGCCCUCUCUGCGGGAUUACUGCUUUUCCUCGCGGUCAACCGGUCGUCCUCAGUCAUCCCAGUGGAGGAGGAAAGCCCCCAUUUCUGGAAUACCAAAGGGAAGGAAGCCCUGAGCCGAGCCCUGAACCUGCAACCCAACCUGCACCGAGCCAAGAACCUCGUCCUCUUCCUGGGAGACGGAAUGGGCGUCUCCACGGUGACAGCAGCCCGGAUCCUGAAAGGCCAGAUGGCGGGAAAUCCAGGCGAGGAGACCGUCUUGACUAUGGAGGCAUUCCCCUACCUCGCCCUGUCUAAGACCUACAACGUUGACCAGCAGAUGCCAGACAGCGCGGGCACGGCCACCGCCUACUCGUGCGGCGUCAAGGCGAACUACGGCACCCUGGGCCUCAGCGCGGCCGCCCGGCGCUACCAGUGCAAAACCGCGUACGGCAACGAGGUCACGUCCGUGCUGCAUCGAGCCAAAAUGGCGGGGAAGUCCGUGGGCAUCAUCUCCACGGCGAGGGUCCAGCACGCCUCGCCCGCGGCCUCCUACGCCCACUCGGCCAACCGGGCGUGGUACAGCGACUCCGACCUGCCCCCCGACGCGGUGCGGGACGGCUGCCGCGACAUCGCCUACCAGCUCGUAUACAACACCGAGAUCGACGUGAUACUGGGAGGAGGCCGGACAUAUAUGCUGCCCAAUGACACGGCAGACCCUGAGUACCCUUCCUCCAGUGGGGACCGAUGGGAUAAGACCAACCUCAUUACAGAAUGGCUGAAAAACAAGAAGAAAGCGAAAUAUGUCUGGAACAAAGCUCAGCUUGAUGACGUGGACGAGGACGACACCGACUACUUGAUGGGGCUAUUUGAGCCAAAGGACCUCAGAUACGAACUGGACCGGAACCCGCUGACUGACCCCUCCCUGACAGAGAUGGUGGAGAAAGCCAUCAAGAUCCUGCGCAAGAAUUCCAAAGGAUACUACCUGUUUGUGGAAGGGGGGAGAAUAGACCACGGGCACCACGAUGGCAUAGCCGGUCACGCGCUGACGGAAGCCGUGGAGUUCGACAAGGCCCUACAGCGAGCCACGGAGCUGACGAGCGAACUGGAUACUCUUAUGGUGGUGACGGCCGACCAUUCCCACGUCUUCACCUUCGGAGGCUACUCCGCCAGAGGGAACCCCGUUUUAGGACUGUCACGAGAGAUAGCCGAGGAUAACAAAACCUUCACUACUGCUCUGUACGGAAACGGACCAGGAUACCAGAUACUUAACGGGACUCGUCCUGACCCAAACAAUAUCACGACAGAGUACCGUGUGUUCAUGCAGCAGGCGGCCGUGCCCCUGGACUCCGAGACGCACGGCUCGGAGGACGUGGCGAUCUACGCCAGGGGCCCCAUGGCGCACCUGUUCCACGGCGUUCAGGAGCAGAGCUACGUCGCCCACGUCCUGGCCUACGCCGCCUGCCUGGAGCCGUACGCGGACUGCGUCCUGCCAGACGGGGCGGCGGCGCUGCAGUCCGGCCUGCUCCUGCUGCUGCUCCCGGUGUCCCUGGCCUCGCUGCUCUCCGUCUGA